AUGGACGAGAGCGGACCGUCCAAAAUUACCCCUCCGCUCCCUCGGCAUCCGUCAGGGUCGGGCCGGAAUGGGUCGUCACCCUCGCUCCAGCGCAGGAAGAGCAAGGGGAAAGAACGAGCAGAUGAUGGAAAGAGGGAACGGCCGGCCUUUCUCAAAGAGAUCGGGUCGGCUACUAUCAGCCUGCGCGCCGCGGCGGUGCAGGACCUCAGCGAUGACGAUGGGGAGGAGCCUCCCGGAUUCCGGCGGUACGGAUCUGGCGUGCGCGCACCUCUACCUACCAUCACCUCGCCUAUCGUCUCUCCUCCCGCUCAGUCCGCCUUCUUCAAGCGGUCCAACACCGCGAAUCGCCUCCCACCUGUCGCGGGUGCGGUCCGCCGAACGCGGUCCAACUCGGUCCACGUGCCAGGUCGGGUAGGGGACGGUACCGGCUCCUACUUUCUCCCUCACUACUCUACCGACCGGGCGUACUCUCGUCCAGAGACCAGCGCGCUCGAGACGGACUCUGGAGGGGCGAGUCAGAUCAACCUCGAGCUCGGGCUAGGCGGGGCGUUCGAUGCGUCGUUCGGCGAGGCGCUGAGAAGAGGCGUAGGGGGAGAAGAGAUGCCGCUCCCGCAAGAAGCGUUGAGGGUGUUGACGGAGGCCAAGGAGAGUUUGGAGACGCGGUUGAUGGGCAAGCAGGGGAGGAAGGGGAGUAUGGGGAUGGGACUGUUCAAGGACAUGGGACACCGCCUAUUGCGCCUACGAAUGAGACGGCGGUCCCGCCUCGCCAGCUCACUAGAGGAGGCGAACGACUCUGGGGAUGCAGCUUCGAUCGCAGCGUCUAUCCGGAUCCUCGCCGCCUCGCCCGUCCUCUCCCGUCGGUCUCGUGCUUCCCUCAUCAACCCCGCGGACCUCCCCAAUAUGGUUUUGCCAGAUACAGACUAUCGAUCCGCUCAUCGCGGCUCUAUAUCGAUGAGCGAUGACUCUGGGUAUACCAGCGGGACCGCAUCCAGCCUCUCACCCUCCGGCUCGGAAGACGAGGAGGAUUCAGAUCCCGCGCCCAGCCAGUCUGAAGAAGAUGGCUAUUUCAGUCACCGCCCCCAUAGCCAGGACAUCCACAGCGAUGAUACAGAGAUGAGUGCGGAGGAGGUCGAGGAGGAUCGAAUGACGGUGCCGCUCCAGCCAUUCAACCAUGCUGUCGGAGGGCAUAGUUCGAUCUACAAGUUUACACGAAGAGCGGUCUGCAAGCCAUUGGUCAGUCGAGAGAAUCUCUUCUACGAGGAGGUCGAGCGGCUUGCUCCUGCUCUACUCGCCUUUAUCCCUCGAUACCUCGGCGUCAUGCUCGUCAACUAUCGAAAACACCGUCUUCCCACCGACGAUGAUGGCGCCGGCACCCCCGCCGAUCCCGACUCCCCAGCUAUGACCUCUCCGGAUCCAUCUGCCCCUCCCACACCCGCAUCUCGGCCACACCUACAGAAAUCAGCGUCCAUGGCGACUUAUCGCGAAGCGGACGUCGAGGUACCGGAAGUAUCACUCGACUGGAAUCGGCACGUCGUUCCAGACUGGCUGUUCCGGUCGAGCAGGGAUGAUCGGCGCGGGCGAUUCCGGCGGGAAACGAGCCAAGUCAGCGAGGAUGAUGCGAGAGGGGGGCGGCUCCGGCCUUCUUCGGCGCGGAGUCAGGAGUUUAUCCGUCCUGGUCAGUCGUCGCCAGGAAGCUCUUUUGGCGGGUCGUUUGGCGCCUCGCCUAGUCUACGCGGGAUGCCUUCUUCACCUUCGGGCCUGACGAUCCCUCGUGUUGUUCCGGAAACGAACGACGCGCCUACCCCUCUUCCCAGCCUCAACUCGCCUGUCCCCUCCCAUCUACACCACACCGUCUCCACUCCGCUUCUCCCUCAUCGCGCCCUCUUCCCUUCUUCGACCCUCUCGCACGUCCCUUCUGCCAGUGACGUCCACCUACCGGGAUACUGCUCGCCGCUACCGUGGGGCGGAACCGGGUCUACCACGGUCAACACAAAGCUCAAAGAUCACGUCUUUGCUACGAUCCUCAAGCGGCUCAAGAAGAACGCUAGUCAUGCGCUACAUCCCCAUCGCGGCGAGGACGCGGAUGACGAGCACGAGUCGGGCAGCGGGACGGCGAGUCUAUCGAGCAAGAAGAUACGGCGGGGAAGGGGACGGAAGGGAGAAGGGAAGAGUGUGGAUCUGAGGUCUGGAGGCGAAGGGGAGGAGGGGAUCCGAAGGACCAAGAGCGAUAUGGUGCUCCAUGAUCGGAGGGGCAAGAGGGAGGAGAGUGAGGAUCGGGGCAUGUUUGACAUGCAGGAUCUGGAGGAGGGAGAGGGGGAGUUGGAGGUGCGGAAGAAGCCGGUCUUGAACCUGCUCAAUACGUUACGGCCAAUGACACCCUCGACGGCCUCGCCGGUACCCAUCCCAUCGGUAUCGUCUCACCUGCCAUCUUCGUCCGCCUUACCUACUCCAACCCUCGACACCCAGCCACCUUCGACAACGGACGAUCCACAUACCGGCGCAGCGCGGCAGGAGCUCUUCAUCUUUAUGGAGGACCUCACCGGGCGGCUGAAGCACCCGUGCGUGCUAGAUCUCAAGAUGGGGACGAGGCAGUACGGGUACGAUGCGACUCCUCUCAAAAAGAAGAGUCAGCGGAAGAAGUGCGAUGCGACCACGUCGAGAACGCUAGGGGUGCGGAUGUGCGGAAUGCAGGUCUGGAACAAUUCGACCCAAUCUUUCGUCUCCAAAAACAAAUAUCGCGGACGGGAGAUUAGAACGUCGGACUUUUCAAACAUCCUGCGUCUCUUUCUGGACGACGGUGAACGCCUCCUCACUGCGCAUAUCCCCUUCCUCAUCCAAAAACUACACAACCUCGCGGCGAUCGUGCUCCGGCUCGGCGGAUUCCGGUUCUACGGGUGUUCGCUGUUGUUGAUUUACGACGGGGACAAGGAGGCGCAGGAUCACUUUGUGAAGCAUGCGGGGACGAUAGGGGAGGUGGAGACGCCGAUGCCAGGGAAGUUGGGGAGGGUGGAGGAGGAACGGAGCACUCGGCCGGUCGAAAUUCCCCCAAGUCCAUCCCGUCGGAGUCGGAGCGUCGACCAUCACUCGAAACAUCGGCACCAUCACUCGCACUCCCAUUCCCAUUCUCACUCCCGGACCGCUCACUCUCAGGACGAUACACCUUCUCAGGCUCCCAAGAAAGCCUCCAACCGUAUCCGAGGGGAGAUCAACCUCCGCGUCGUCGAUUUCGCCCAUACCACCACCGGCGCCGAUUUCGUUCCCAUGCCUCGGGACCCGGACGAGGACGUACAGGCGCUAGGGAAGGGGUACGAUACCCGCUUUGAUCCCGAGACGGGGCUGGCGUUGGCGCGUUUCCCGCCAAAGCACGCGGAUAGGCCGGAUAUGGGGUUUGUGUUUGGGCUGCGAUCGGUCGUGGAGGCGUUACAGGAUAUCUUGGCGGAAGCGGGCGAGGGGGCGGUGCAGGUCAAGGAAGAAGGGGAUGUCUUUGAGCGGGCAUUUGGAAGUGAGGUAGAUCUGGGAGCGUUGUCGACGUAG